AUGAGUAGAUUUGAAUGCACUGACCAUAUGAAAAGCUUUUUGCAAGAGCUUCCCAAAUGUGAACAUCAUUUACAUUUGGAAGGUACUUUAGAACCAAAUUUAUUAUUUAAAUUAGCAGAAAGAAAUAAGAUUCAACUACCAUCUAGUUUCCCCAAAAAUAUUGAAGAAUGUUCGAAAAGAUAUGCUAGUUUCGAAGAUUUACAAGAUUUCUUAAAUCAUUACUAUGUCGGAAUGAGUGUAUUGAUCACCGAGGAUGAUUUUUACGAUUUAGCAAUGGCAUAUUUCACUAAAGCUGAACAAGAUGGAUGUUUACAUUCUGAAGUCUUCUUCGAUCCUCAAGGACAUGUUGAAAGAGGAGUCAGUGUGGAUUUGGUUGUCAAGGGUUUUGAUCGUGCCUGCAGAGAUGCAACUAAAAAGUUAGGUACCACCAAUAAAUUGAUUAUGUGCUUAUUAAGACACUUACCAGCAUCAAAUGGGAUGGAAACCAUUAAAAGCGUUGAAAAAUAUCACCAACAAGGGAUUAUUCAUGGGUUGGGAUUAGAUUCCUCAGAGAAACCUUUUCCCCCGGGACUUUUCAUUGACUGUUAUAAAGAAAUUAAACAAAAAUAUCCAAACGUAGGAUUAACUGCUCAUGCUGGAGAAGAAGGAGAUUACAAUUACGUUAUUGAUUCCUUAGAUAAGUUGGGAGCUAGUAGAAUUGAUCAUGGGAUUAAUUCCAAACAAUCCAACGAACUUUUAGCUAGAUUAGCAAAGAAUAAAACCAUGUUAACCAUGUGUCCAUUAUCAAAUGUUAAAUUACAAGUGGUUAAAGAUGUUGGCGAAUUACCGAUUAAUUUAUUUCUACAAUCAGAUGUUCCGUUCAGUAUCAACUCUGACGACCCAGCUUAUUUUGGUGGAUAUAUCUUAGAUAAUUAUAUUAGUGUUCAUACUAGAUUUGGUUUCAAUAUUAACCAAUGGGCUAAGAUCGUUAAUAAUGGUAUUGAAGGUUCAUGGUGUGACGAUAAAAGAAAGUCAGAAUUAAAACAAAUUCUUCAACUGGUCAUUGAUAAGUAUACUCCAUUAUUAUAA